AAAUUAAUUGUAUUUUAAAAUUGAAUAAUUGUGAAAAAUUUUGUUUUUGGGAAAGUAUAAUUAUUUGGCCUUGUUAUAAAUAAUUAACCUUGUUAUAAAUAAAAAAAUUUUUUUAACCUUAAGCCUUAAUAUCUUGUCCUAAUUACGUUUUGACAGAAUAUAAAAUCAUCAAAAUUUAAAUACAGUAAAUAAAUAAAAUAAAAAAUUUAGAACGAUUUAAUUUUUAGAUAAGAAAAAAUCGUAACGAGGCAACAGAUAACGUUAAAAAAACAAUUAAAAUUUUUCUUUAAACUCAUAAGCUCUAGAAUGUUGGAAAAAAAAAAAACACUUGUUGUCUUAAAAUAAUAUUGGAAAGAUUAAUUUAAUAAAGAAAGACAGAAAAAAAAAAAAAAAAUUAAUAACUGUUAUACAUUUGAAAUGAAUGAUAAAUAAGAAUAAAAUUAACUGUUGGAAUUGUAAAAAAAAACGUAAAAUGAAAUUUAAAAAAUUAAUUCUAUUCCUGGCAUUAUUAGUGAGUAUGAAAAAUGGAACAAGUUAUUGUUUAGAAAUCUCAAACAAAGAAGACAACAAAUAUCAAUCAUUAAUUUUACCUAAUCAUAACGUUUAUUUAACGAAAAAUUUAACUAAAUUAUGGGAUCGUCGAAUUGGAAUGUUAGGAAUAAUAUCACUUGAAGAAUCAGAAUAUUUAGACACCAUUUGGUCAAAUAUCAUUGAUGAAUAUCAAAGUUAUAUGGCUGAAUUUAAAAGAUUGGGAAAAAAUUACAACUCUUGUUUUAAAUUUUUCAAAGAAAUCCUUUCAAGAGCACUCACAUUAUCAAUGCGCAGCAAUAAUGAUUGUUUAAAUGUUCACAGAACAAAUUAUACUGACACUGUUUCAUCAAAAAUUCGUUCUGUUGAGUUGGAAACAAUAUUUCCACAUUGUUAUCCACAUUAUACAACAAGAGAAAUUUUAACUUGUCUUGAUGAUUCAUCUAAAAACAAAAGUACCAUUGAACACUAUGAUAAUGCUUUUUAUUUUAUUAAAAAUUAUCAUCAUAAUAUAUUUAAACCAAUGCGUAAAUGUAUUGCAAAUAUCAACACACAUAUUAAUGAAUCCAUUCUGUAUUCAAAAAAUGAAUUUGAAUAUUGUAUCCAACAUCAAGAAAGUGUAGAAAAAAAAAAUGAUACAUUUGAUAUUUUAAUUGAUGAUAAUUUAAAAAGUAUUGAUAAUAGUUAUCAAAAAGCAGUUGAUGAUAUUAAAAUGAAAUUUCAAAAAAAUAUAGAAAAUUAUGUAAACAAUUCAUUUGGUUAUUAUGAUACUUAUGAAAAUUUAACUUGUUGUAGUUAUAUACCAAAAAAUUUUCUAAUUAAAAAAAAAUAUAAAAUAAUGAGUGAUAGUGAAAAAUGUUUUGAUAUGCAUUUAGUUGCUUCAGAAUAUUUCAAUAAUUCCAUCAGUAAGGCAAAUGAUCUUGAAUUAUUUACAAAAAGCUGUAGUCAAGAUGACAUAUUAUCAUGUAAUGAAACUGAAAUACUUCCAAGUGACACAUUUAGAACAAUAUACAAUAGUAUAAAAAUAAAUAUGAUUAAAGAAAGUAAAAUUUCGAUAUUAAAUAUUUACAAUUGUCUUGAUAAAAUUCAACAACGUUUUAGCAGUAUUGUUAAUUAUGCAAAUUUUCAAUUUGAUUUGUGUGUUUAUAAACAAUAUAAUGCAAGUGUUUGUCAAGUUCAUAUUGCCAAUGAUAAUUGGCUAUUUGGUUUUAUUUGGAAUUCUUCAAAAAUUCCAAAUUUAGGCUGAAUAAUAAUUAAAUAUACUCAAAUAAAUUUUAAGUCAAUAUACAUAAUAAUAUUUUUAAAAAAAGUAAAAGAUUUUAAAUUAUUUAUUGUGCCUUAAAAUUUAUUCAUUUAAACAAUAUUUUUUAAUAAAUUAAUAACUUGUUAA